AUGCGACUAGUCAUGGAGAACUCCCCUCUCCUACGCUUCAUCUCACUCACUGUCCCACUAGCCAUGUUUCUCCAGGCCAUGGCAGUGCCGUCUCUCCAAGAACAAGCAGGAGCCCUCCUUGCCUGGAAAGACACACUAGAAAGCCACCCUGCCCAGCUUCAAUUCUGGGGAAUGGGAAACAACACUAACUGGCCCUGCAGCUGGUACGGCAUCGAGUGCAGCAAGUACCAGGCAACGCACCAAGAGGUGAUCACCAAGAUCUCUCUACGUGGGCUGCGGCUGAGAGGGGAGCUCGACGCCCUCAACUUCACGGCGUUGGCGACCCUGACGAGCAUCCAACUCUCGCACAACAGGCUCACCGGGAGGAUCCCUCCCGGCAUUGUGUCACUCAGAGAGCUCCGGUUCCUGCUUCUUCAACGCAAUCAGAUAAGGGGCCCUUUAUCACCUGCUUUAGCAUCCUUGAAAAACCUACGGUGCUUAAUGCUCCAGGAGAAUAAACUCUCUGGUGAAAUACCAAGGCAAAUAGGAGAACUAGAGAAUCUUGUUUCGCUUAACUUAUCUGCCAAUCACUUGUCUGGUCCCAUCCCCAGUGAAAUAGGGUACCUAAAGAAGCUUGUCUGGUUAGGUCUUGUCAACAACAACCUCAUAGGCCCUAUUCCAAGAACUUUAGGGAAUCUCACUAAACUCACCAUCUUGUACCUUAGAGGAAAUUAUUUAUGUGGAUAUCUUCCUCCAGAACUAGGUUACCUGCUAAAUUUACGAGAGAUGUCCCUUAAUGUAAAUGAACUCAUGGGUUCCAUCCCUAAUACCUUUGGGAGUCUAAAUAACCUCACUCACUUGUAUCUCUGGGAGAACAAACUUUUUGGGCCUAUUCCUCUAGAACUAGGUUACCUGGUGAAUUUAGAAGAGUUGGAUCUUAGCAUCAACAAACUCUUUGGUUCUAUCCCUAAUACCUUUGGGAAUUUGGUUAAACUCACUAGCUUGCACCUAAGGGAUAACCAUCUUUCUGGAUUUAUUCCUCCAGAACUAGGCUACUUGGUGAAACUAGAAGAUCUGGUUAUUAGCAAUAACACAAUCAUGGGUUCCAUCCCGGAUACCUUUGGAAAUUUGACUAAGCUCACUACCUUGCAACUCAGUGAUAAUCAAUUGUUUGGACAUAUCCCUCGAGAAAUCGGCAACUUAACAAAUCUUGAGAAACUCGAGCUCUCCAAUAACUACCUCUCCGGUCCUCUGCCACCCAAUUUGUGCAUCAGUGGCCAGCUAAAGAAUUUAACUGCAGAAGAUAAUUACCUGAAUGGAUCUUUGCCAUCAAGCUUGUUAAACUGUACAAGCCUGGUCAGAGUUCGUCUUGAAAUGAAUCAACUAGAAGGAGAUAUUUCUGCGAUGGGAGCUCAUCCAAAUCUAGUGUACAUAGAUAUGAGAUCAAACAAAUUAUUUGGUCAAUUAUCUUAUAAAUGGGGGGAGUGUCGUAAACUUAACAAACUAAGUAUCUCAAACAACAACAUCACGGGUAAAAUACCCACAAGUAUGGGGCAGCUGUUUGGACUAAGGAUACUUGAUCUUUCAUCAAACAAGCUUGAAGGGGAGCUUCCAAGAGAACUUGGCAAUCUUAAAAAGUUAUUCCACCUGAACCUCGCAGACAAUUCGCUCCAUGGAAGCAUACCACAAGAAUUUUGGGCAUUGUCCAGUCUGGAGUUUUUAGAUUUGUCAUCAAAUUACCUAAGCGGUUUGGUACAAGGAUCAAUUGAGAAUUGUUUAAUGCUUCGCUCAUUUAAUUUGAGACAAAAUAACUUCAGAGGAAGCAUCCCUUCCAUGCUAGGGGUGUUGCACAACUUAAUGGACAAGUUGGAUUUAAGUGAAAAUUCAUUUAGUGGGGCAAUACCAAGCCAACUUAGUAGUCUAACCAUGCUAGAAACUUUGAAUCUUUCAAACAAUGAACUUAGUGGCUUGAUCCCAUCGUCAUUUAAGAGAAUGGAAAGCUUGACAUUGAUUGAUUUAUCUUAUAAUGAAUUAGAAGGGCCAGUACCAGAGAGUAAACUCUUCCGAGGAGCUCCAAUCCAAUGGUUCAUGCAUAAUAAGAUGAUAUGUGGUGUUGUGAAAGGAUUGCCCCCUUGUAGUAGUCCAACCCAGAAUGGAGGGAAGAUGAAAGGAUACAAAACACUUGCACUAGCCAUGGUUACUACUACGAUAUGUCUUGUUCUUGUUGUAUAUAUAUUGGUGUUCCGACAUGAGAGGAACAAAUCAAAGUCAAUUGUCAAUUCUAGAGUUACACAAGAAAAAGUAUUCUCUAUUUGGAGUUUUGAUGGGGCAAAUGUGUUCAAGCAAAUUGUGGAAGCAACCAACAAUUUUAGUGAGACCCAUUGCAUUGGAACAGGGGGAUAUGGAUCUGUCUACAAAGCUAGAGUUUCAGCAUGUGAAAUAUUUGCGGUGAAGAAGAUACACACGAUACAAGAUGACUGUUGUGUGAACGAGGCAAUGUUCAAUUCUGAAAUAGAGGCAUUGGUGCGGAUUCGACAUCGAAACAUCGUCAAACUAUUUGGGUAUUGUUCCUCUAGACAAGGAAGGUUCCUUAUCUAUGAAUAUAUGGAUAGAGGUGACUUAGCGGAAAUAUUGAGAUCCAAUGCAAGAGCAAUCGAGUUAGACUGGAGAAGGCGGGUACAUAUUGUACUGGACGUGGUUCAUGCUUUGGCAUACAUGCAUCAUGAUUGUUCGUCACCAAUAGUCCACAGAGAUAUAACGAGCAACAACAUUUUGCUUGAUCUGGAAUAUCGAGCUUGCAUUUCGGACUUCGGUACUGCUAAAAUUCUCGAUAUUGAUGGCCAGAAUAUUACAAGGCUUGCAGGGACAAAAGGCUAUCUUGCCCCAGGAUGCCAUCCAGGUGAUUUGCUCUCAUCCCUCUCAUCGAGAACCAAAACUAAUGAUGUUUACUUAAAGGAUCUGCUGGACUUGAGGCUCGUGCUACCAGAUGCCGCAACCACUAGAGAAAUAUACUCCAUGCUCAGGGUUGCAGUUCAAUGCCUUGAGCCGAGUCCAUCACGCAGACCAACGGCACGGCAUGCCAGAUGUAGGGUUUUACCUCAUGACGAGGGCCCGAACCUGGGUAAAACAUUGUGUCCCUACUUCUCCUGUUACCAUCUAGCUCAGAUCACCAAGCUUGGAACCCCCUACCUGAGAUCUGCCAGUUUUAGCACCGACGCUACUCUAAUCCAUAUACAAACGCUGAUUGCACCACUUCCUUGCCGGACGCUUCCCCUUGGGAUCUCGAAUGAACUUUCCGGUGAAAUACCAUGGCAAAUAAAACACCUAGAGAGUCUAGUGGGGCUUGACUUGUCAGCCAAUCACUUAUCUGGUCCCAUCCCCACUGAACUAGGCUACCUACAGAAACUAAUUAGUGUAGAUUUAACGAGCAACAACCUCACAGGCCAUAUUCCAAGAAGUUUAGGGAAGCUCACUAAACUCACUCUCUUGUACCUUGGUGAUAACAAACUCUCUGGAUAUAUUCCUCAAGAACUAGGUCAUCUCUUGAAUUUGCAAGAGUUGUCUCUUAGGCAAAACAACCUCACCAGUUCCAUCCCUGAUACUUUUGGGGGUUUGAUUAACCUCACCGCCUUGUACCUAUGGGGUAACCAACUUUCCGGGCAUAUUCCUCCAGAAUUAGGGCACCUCGUAAGUCUGAGAAUAUUAGAUCUUAACUUCAACAAACUCAAGGGUUCCAUCCCCGAUACCUUCGGGUGUCUCAUUAACCUCACUGUUCUGUAUCUAUGGGAUAAUCAACUUUCCGGUCAAGUCCCUCGAGAACCAGGUUUCCUGGUGAAUUUACAACGGUUAGAUGUUAGCACAAACAAAUUGAUAGGUUCUAUCCCCGAUAUCUUUGGAAAUUUGACAAAGCUCACCACCUUGCAACUCAGUUACAAUCAAUUAUUUGGACAAGCUCCUCGAGAAAUUGGCACCUUAAUGGAUCUUGAGCUACUGCAGUUGGAUGGUAACAAUAUAUCUGGUCACUUGCCACCUGAGUUGUGCGCUGGAGGUUGGCUGAAGAAUUUAACUGCAUCUGAUAACAACCUGAAUGGACAACUACCGUCAAGUUUGAUACACUGCAGAAGCCUAGUCAGAGUUUGUCUGGAAAGGAAUCAAAUAGAGGGAUAUAUCUCUGCUUUAGGAGUUCACCCAAAUCUUGUGUAUAUGGAUAUGAUCUCAAAUAAACUGUUUGGCCAAUUAUCGUAUACCUGGGGGCAAUGUCGUAAUCUUUUGAUGCUACGCAUCUCAAACAACAACCUUACAGGGAGAAUACCCGCAAGUAUGGGGAGACUAUCUCAGAUAGGGCUUCUUGACCUUUCAUCAGACAAGCUUGAAGGAAAUAUUCAUUGUUGGUAA